AUGUCUGCAUAUGUGAAGAAGAUCCAGUUCAAGCUCCAUGAGAGUUAUGGAAACCCACUAAGAGUGGUGACUAAACCUCCCUAUGAGAUCACAGAGACAGGCUGGGGGGAGUUUGAGAUCAUCAUCAAGAUCUUCUUCAUAGAUCCCAAUGAGAGACCUGUGACUCUGUACCAUCUGCUGAAGCUGUUCCAGUCUGAUUCCAGUGCCAUGCCCAAGAAGACGGUUGUCUCCGAAUUCUAUGAUGAAAUGAUAUUUCAGGAUCCUACGGCUAUGAUGCAACAGCUGCUAACUUCAUCCAGACAACUCACCUUGGGAGCCUACAAACAUGAGACUGAGU